AUGGGGUACAAGCUAGGGAUGGGAUGCCAUAAUCUCUCAUGUAUUUCCAAGCUAAAUAGGGACUUCCAUUCAAGCAGCCAUAACUAUUAUGGUCACAAUUCAUCUGAUAUUGAGGGGAAAGGACAACAUUUAUUGUGCUAUUUGAAAAAAUACAGAAUCUGUCUGAAAGAACUUCACUGACUCCAAAAGCCCAAUCAGAGCUGCAAUUUCCUUGAUUAA